GCCGCCGCCGCCGCCGCUCGCCAUGGCCGGGAGCCGGCUGGAAACGGUGGGCAGCAUCUUCUCGCGGACGCGGGACCUGAUUCGCGCGGGCGUCUUGAAGGAGAAGCCCCUUUGGUUUGACAUAUACGAAGCCUUCCCCCCGCUGAGAGAGCCCGUCUUUCGCAGGCCCGCCCUGCGGUAUGGCAAAGCCAAAGCUCAGGUUCCAGAAAUCUUCUACCAGGAGGAUCGGAUCCGAGCGAAAUUUUACUCAACCUAUGGAUCUGGUCAAAAAGCUCUUGAUAUGUUUAAUCCAAAUUUCAAGUCUUUGUGCCAACGGUUUGUAGAGAAGUACACUGAGCUGCAGAAACUUGGAGAAACAGACGAGGAGCAGUUGUUUGUGGAAACAGGGAAAGCUUUGCUGGCAGAAGGUGUCAUUUUGAGACGAGUCGGAGAAGCAAGGCUGGGAGGUGGUCGUGAUUCCCGGAAGCAGGAACAGAUAAGCGUUAAACCCCAGUCGGUGUCAGAACCAAACCAGCCUCUGACAGAAGAGCCACAGAAGCAGCAGCAACAGGCACCAGGAGAAGAGUCGAAAGGUUCUUCAGCUCCCUGAGGGACGCGGAUACUGUGUAUACCGAUGUCCAAACUGUAUUCGCUAUGUGAAUGUCGGACUAUUUUUAACAGUUGGACUGUGUAAAUGUUUCUUGCUCUCCAAGGCAUUAUGUUUGCCUUCUUGUAGUUCCUGUUUCUGGGGUGUCAUAAAGCUCAGUAUCAUGGUGGAAAAGAAGCAGUUGUGUGAACUUUUAUAUUAGGAUGGUAUUAAAUAAAGAAUUCCCUAACUGCUAGAAAAGUAAAUUUACUU